UUGCUGACAAGGCUGCCUAUCUGAUGGGUUUAAAUUCAGCUGACCUGCUUAAGGCCCUCUGCUACCCCCGAGUCAAGGUUGGGAAUGAAUAUGUAACCAAGGGCCAAACGGUGCAGCAGGUAUACAAUUCAGUAGGUGCCUUGGCAAAGGCUGUGUUUGAGAAGAUGUUCUUGUGGAUGGUUGUUCGCAUCAACCAACAGUUAGACACCAAGCAACCGAGACAGUACUUCAUUGGUGUCCUGGACAUUGCUGGCUUUGAGAUCUUUGAUUUCAACAGCCUGGAGCAGCUGUGCAUCAACUUCACCAAUGAGAAACUGCAACAGUUCUUCAACCACCACAUGUUCGUGCUGGAGCAGGAGGAGUACAAGAAGGAAGGAAUUGAAUGGGAGUUCAUAGACUUUGGGAUGGACCUGGCUGCCUGCAUUGAGCUCAUUGAGAAGCCCAUGGGCAUCUUCUCCAUCCUGGAAGAGGAGUGCAUGUUCCCCAAGGCAACUGACACCUCUUUCAAGAACAAGCUCUAUGACCAACACCUGGGCAAGUCCAACAACUUCCAGAAGCCCAAGCCUGCCAAAGGCAAGGCUGAGGCUCACUUCUCCUUGGUGCACUAUGCUGGUACAGUGGACUACAACAUCUCUGGCUGGCUUGACAAGAACAAGGACCCCCUGAAUGAAACUGUUGUGGGGCUGUACCAGAAAUCAUCCAUGAAGACACUGGCCUUACUCUUUGCCUCUGCUGGAGGAGAGGCAGAGAGUGGUGGUGGUGGCAAGAAGGGAGGCAAGAAGAAGGGUUCUUCUUUCCAGACUGUAUCAGCUCUUUUUAGGGAGAACCUAAACAAGCUGAUGACCAAUCUACGGAGCACUCACCCCCAUUUUGUGCGCUGUAUCAUCCCCAAUGAAACAAAAACACCUGGUGCCAUGGAGCAUGAACUGGUGCUACACCAGCUGCGCUGUAACGGUGUGCUGGAAGGCAUCAGAAUUUGCAGGAAGGGAUUCCCCAGCAGAAUCCUCUAUGCAGAUUUCAAACAGAG